UAAUCUCAAUCCUCAACAAAAACAAAAACAAAGUAAUAUUCCUCAACUACUUCCAAAGUUAAAGAACUAAUUAAGAUUCAUUAAAAUGGUGAAACAAACGACAGCGAGAGUGGAGAAGAAGCCAGCAGCCGACAGGAGUGACUUAAAAUUUAAAGGCGUUCGUAAGAGAAAAUGGGGGAAAUGGGUCUGUGAGAUCCGAUUACCCAAUAGCAGAGAAAGAAUCUGGUUAGGAUCCUAUGAUUCGCCGGAGAAAGCAGCACGUGCUUUUGAUGCGGCGCUCUUUUGCUUACGUGGCCGUUCAGCUAAAUUCAACUUCCCCGAUAAUCCACCGGAGAUAGCCGGAGGUAGGUCAUUUUCUCCGGCUCAAAUUCAAGCUGCGGCAGCUAAGUUUGCAAAUUCGGAGCAUCCGAAUACUGUUUAUCAGUCGGAUCAGUCAACGUCCGAAUUGCAAGCGGAGUCUCCGUGUACUUCGGAUUCGACGGGGCAGAUAGAUUGGAGUGGACUGGAGAUGGAUAUACCAUUCUUGGAUUUGUUACCCAAUUCUGGAUUCGGGUCGGAUAAUUGCACAACGGAUUAUGGAAUAUUUCCGGGUUUUGAUGAUUUUUUUGCACCAUUAAAUGAACCUAAUCUUGACUCGGGAGUGGAGGAUGUUGACGGUGUUAUAGCUCAAGGCUCAUUUCUUUGGAAUUUCUAAACAUAAGAAAGGACCAAUAUUUUUUUUCUGGGUCGGAUAAAUUCUUACAUCCAGAUUCGCUAACGAGUAUUAUUUUCAAACCCGGAAAAUGAUCCAUUUUGGGUAUUGACUUUUGAUAGAUCAAUUUUUUGAAGGCCAUCCAUUCCAUUUCUAAUUCUCAUAAUUAAAGAGCUUUUCUCUCAUGUAUAGCUAGAGGUGUAUUCUACAUAUUAAUCAUCUUCCAAUUGAAAUUUGUAGCAAAUGAGUUAGUAUAUUCUCUUAUAUUUAAUAUCUGUGACUUUAUAUUUGCAAUAUCAAUUCAAGGAGCUCAAUAAUAA